AUGAGAAGUAUGUAUCACGACGAUGUUCAUCCCACGACUUCAGGGAAGAAGAUGUGGUCGAAUUUUUGUACGCUGGUGGAUGCGGCAGUUAUGUUAUCUGAAGAAGAAACCCUUAAGAGAAUCUUUUGUCUCUUUCCGAGAAAAACAAGGUCGUCUGUGAUGAAUAGAAGACACCAACAACAAAUUUUAAAUAGAGCUUCUACGUCUUCAACACUCAUUGAUCUUAACGAGUUCCCUAUUGAAUAUGAGACCGAAGACCCACAAAACCAACUCCCAUGGCUGUCUUCAUCAUGUGUCACCGCCGCUGAUGAUUCGGAGACGAAAACCCUAGGAAACCCUAGUUCUGAACUCUUACUCUUGGAUUACAAAACGGCUGAGUCCGAGAAGACGGAGAUGAUCAAAGACUCUCUAAACCCUGAUUCCCCAUGUUCUGAUCUGUCUUUGUGCUUAAGNGUACCGGGGAGCACAAGCCGCAAGAGACGUGCCGUGAAAGAGAGAAAGCGUACUGGUGGAUACAAGAAAGCAAAGGUUGCUCCUUUAUCACCGACGGCGAGAGACAUGCCUGAGUGGCUUGUCAAGGCUAUGAGAGAUAUGAACGGAGCCAGAGACGCUAAACUGAUCUUUGAGAAGACUCUGUUCGUGACUGAUGUAAACCCAACACAGAACCGUCUCUCAAUGCCUUACAACAACUUACACCGAGACGACUUCUUGACGCCUGUGGAGUCGAGAAUCAUAGACGAAGACAUCAACCACAAUAAGAAGAUUGGAGUGGGAGCGAUUCUCGUGGAUCAGUGGUCUCAAAAGUGGGGUGUGAUGCUGAAGAGAUGGGAGAUGAAGAAAGAUUCAGGUAAAGGAAGCUGGAAUUACAAUUUGAUUUGUGGGUGGAACGACAUCGUUGAGGCUAACGGAUUGAAAGAGGGCGACAAAAUCAGUCUUUGGUCGUUCAGGUGCUGUGGACUCCUCUGUUUUGCCAUGGAACAGAGUAGCUCUUCCCUUGCUCUCUGUCUCUGCUAA